CAACCGCCAAUCCACCGCACCGACGACGACAAUACCAUCCCAGACGAGGGCACCUGUUUUAUUUCUCCCACGAAGUAACACAACACACAAACCGCUACAAUGGCCAAGACCUCGCGUGGUGCCCCCGGUGGCAAGCUCAAGAUGACCCUCGGUCUCCCUGUUGGUGCCGUCAUGAACUGCGCCGACAACUCCGGUGCCCGUAACCUGUACAUCAUCUCCGUCAAGGGUAUCGGUGCGCGUCUGAACCGCCUCCCCGCCGGCGGUGUCGGUGACAUGGUCAUGGCCACCGUCAAGAAGGGCAAGCCCGAGCUGAGGAAGAAGGUCCACCCCGCCGUCAUCGUCCGUCAGUCCAAGCCCUGGAAGCGCUUCGACGGUGUCUUCCUGUACUUUGAGGACAACGCCGGUGUCAUCGUCAACCCCAAGGGUGAGAUGAAGGGCUCGGCCAUCACCGGACCCGUGGGCAAGGAGGCUGCUGAGCUGUGGCCCCGUAUUGCCUCCAACUCUGGUGUUGUCAUGUGAGGAGGGGGUCUUCUUCGAUAGCGAAAUUGAAACGGCGAAUGGAGAUACACAGAGGAUGAAAGCCACGAAUUUUCUAUGUCCCCAACACAACCUCAGUCCACCACAACCCGUCGAUGCUUCCACCGCGAAAAAAAAAAAUUGUUUUACGACCUCUAGAUGAGAAAUUAUCUCCGGGCAAUGAAGGGAUGGAUGGACAGCAGACGGGUCUUUGGAGAUUGGGAAGUGGGUGUCUUUUCCUGAGGUGGCAAGGGGCUUUGCAUUUCGGUCGCGGCGUGUAAAGGGUGAUUCAUAUCGGGCAUCACAUCAAGGACAAAAAACUUCAAUACCUCUGCUCGCGUGUGAUCGUAGCCGUCGUGUGUAGGUGGCAUGUUCCGAGCCCCUUGUGCGCCACUGCCUGCACGGGCAGAAGGAUGAAAAAGUUAAGAUGUACUGACAACGAGGUGAAUGCAAGAUCCGGACAU